AUGGCCGACGCUGCACCUCGUGGACGUGGUGGAUUUGGACGUGGACGCGGCGGUGACCGUGGCCGUGGUGGACGUCGUGGCCCUCGCCGUGGUGGCCGCAAGGAUGAUGACAAGGAGUGGGUCCCCGUCACCAAGCUGGGCCGUCUAGUCAAGGACGGAAAGAUCAAGUCGAUGGAAGAAAUCUACCUGUUCUCUCUGCCCAUCAAGGAGUACCAAAUUGUCGACUUCUUCCUCCCUACCCUCAAGGAUGAAGUCAUGAAGAUCAUGCCCGUCCAAAAGCAAACUCGUGCUGGUCAGCGCACCCGUUUCAAGGCAUUCGUUGCCAUUGGAGACUUUGACGGUCACGUUGGCCUCGGUGUCAAGUGCGCAAAGGAAGUCGCAACUGCCAUUCGCGGCGCUAUCAUUGCUGCCAAGCUUUCCGUUGUUCCCGUCCGACGAGGCUACUGGGGUGCCAGCCUCGGUGACCCCCAUACUGUGCCUUCCAAGGUCAGCGGAAAGGUAGGCUCAGUCAUGUGCCGACUUAUCCCCGCUCCCCGUGGUACUGGUAUCGUUGCUGCGCCUGCGUCCAAGCGCCUGCUUCAGCUUGCCGGUGUUCAGGAUGUCUACACUCAGGCCAAGGGAAGCACCGCGACCAUGGGUAACUUCUUGAAGGCGACUUUCGUUGCGAUUUCCACCACCUACCGCUUCGUUACUCCUGAUCUCUGGAGGCAAAUCCCUCUCUCCAAAACUCCCUACGAAGAAUUCUCCGGUCAUCUUGCUCUCGCCGGCAAGAAGUCCGCAUUGUACUAG